AUGGAAUCAAUUCUCGGUCGCGGUUAUUCAAUUAAUGACGAAUCUGAUUUAAUUGACCAAUAUUCACCAUUAUCUAGUACCAUUGAUGAAGAUUUAGAACAAGAUGAUGAUUUGUUCUAUCCCGAAGAGGAUAAUGUUGGAGAAGAAGAGAAGAAUUUGGCGACUGUGCCAACGAGUAAUGCAAUGCUUCCUCCAACAUCUAUCGAUGAAAUCAGUGGAAUGGGCUUAGGUGCAUUCAAACCACCCCCGAUUAAGAUGAUGCCUGUUGAAGCAACACCUCCACCGACACCAUUAGUACCACGUUGUUUGCUAGAUUCGAUAACAAGUGCAACAAGUGCGUUCCAAACCAUGACACUUGGUAGUACAACUUUGCCGUUGACACCACCAAGAAGUGCCGAUCUUACCAGUACGAAUUGGUCGUUGGGAACGACAGCAAAUGAAAUUCGAAUCAAUGGUACCCUAUUUUCACGUGCUGCUUCAGCUACGGAUGCAACACCAAAAACAGCAACAGCAACAACGGCAAGCCUUUUGACUCCGACAAGUUUUGAUCGAUUCUUAACUGGCCAUCGUCGCCUCUCUGAUUCAGCGUUUACGUCGUCGACUACACUGGAUCUAUCAAUGCCAGCAGGUCAAUCUGUUAGUUCACCAGCUGCGUCUACAAGACAUCAAUCAAGUUCGACAGUUCCACUCUCUGAAAUGCCGAAUGAAUCAAACAAUUUGUAUUCGUACAUUGAUCAUCUGGUUGACGGCUUACCAGCGAAUCUGCCAACAUCUUGUACAUCAACAACGGCGUCGGCAUGGUCAGCACUGAUGAGCUCCAAUGGCACAACCAAUGAGGAUACACUUUCGCUUGCCUCCCUAUCUCGUCCACGUAUCAACAGUAAUUCAUAUGCACCUUCAACACCUCAGCUCAAUUUUAAACCUCUUCAACAAUCGUCGCCACUUCAACCACCUCCACCGCCUCAUCUGAACAACUCGUUAUUCUCGCAACGUAUGAACCCAACGACUCCCCAUUUUCAACCGAAUAGUAAUCCGACAUCAGCGAACAGCCCAUUUGGCCAUGCAUCGGUCUUUCAUCCACAAUCGCCAGUUACACAUCAGGCGCAACAACUAUUGCCAUUAUCUCAACAAAGUCAACGUCCAUUGUGGCAACAACAAUCAAUACCACCCCCCCUUCCACCUACACUGCCUCAAUCUUCCGGCCAACAACAACCACCGCAACAACAUCGUUCUUUACUUCCUAUCGGCAUGCCUUCACUUUCUCAUCCUCAACCGUUGCAACAGCAACAACAACAGCAAUCGUCACAAGCGAUGAUGAGUCAAUUUCAAUCCAGUGAUGCUUGGCUUUUAGCAGAAAUGACAGCAAUGUUUCGUCAAAACCAGCAGCAGCAGCAGCAGCAACAACAACAACAACAACAACAAAUGGCUGCUUUCAAUGCCAAUAUUACUUUAAGUACUGCAGCUCAACAAAUUCUUGCCGCUAAUUCAAAUAAUAAUAAUCGACCAUUGCGUUCCGAAAAAAUCGAUAUUGAAAUAAUUAAGCAUCUUAUUCGAGAAGCUAGAUGGAAACGACGAUGUGGAAUGAAAAAAGAAGUUUGUGUUUUCUGUCGUAAUAAUGGCGAAAAUGAAUUGAUUUAUACAAGUCAUUCGUUGAAAGAUUCCGUUGGUAACGUUACCUGUCCUAUUUUACGUGCCUAUCAAUGUCCAAUCUGUGGCGCAACAGGCGCACAAGCUCAUACAAUCAAAUACUGCCAAGCCGCCGGUGACGACAAUAACAGACAUGUUGCAACUCCAUACGAAAAAAUGAUUCGUACACAAUGUAUUCAAACAUUUGGUCUUGAUGAAAAUCUCACAACAUCAAUGCCGACCAUAUUCGGUCCAAUUGGUAGUAAUUCACCAUCCGGUAGUCCUGCAUCGCUUUGGCCAGCUAUGGCUAAUGGCUGGUCCGGUAGUAAUUUAUAA